AUGGUGACCAGUACUCCUACUGCGACGUCUCCUAUCGGGGUAACUACCAGCGCUGCCUCUGGUGAUGGUGGUGGUGGUGGUGGCCCUACAAGUUCUCCUCUUCUCUUUUUUAUUGCCCUAGGUUUCGGUGUGGUUUUCACCAAUCUCUGGAUUAUCGUUGGUGUAAAAUACUGUUUCAGAUACAACCAGCGGAACCGACAGAUACGAGCUGAAGACGCUGGCGAACCGAUUGAUCUGGUUACUGUUCCAAGAACUCACCGGCGGCGAAGGGAAAAGAAGCUUAUGAGCAUGGAUGAGGUCAAUUCCCGCUUCCCUCUGAUGAAAUACAAGGCCUGGCGCGCCUCUCGUGCGGAUGAGGGCCUCCCAACAUUGGGAGGAAUCCAAGCGCCAAGCAGUCGACCGGCGAGUUUGAACGAAGGUCUUAGCAUCAGCGUCAGGGCCGCUGCGCCCUCUGAGAGCAAAGGACACGCCGCUCUCGCAGAUCCAACAGAAAACAUUGAAUCAUCACGUGAAACAAAAUUAGAACCGGAGUCAGAAAGUGCCAUUUUGCCAGCUGAGCAAAUGGAAAUUAGGACUUCAGGGGUUGAAAGCCGCUUUUCCAGUGAGCAUCUGAAAGAAUCGUCGGGUGGUCUAGAAGACGACGAUGACCACGACGAGCAUAUCAGCAACGCUGUUCCUACGGAACUACUUGCGAACCCGGGCGAUACCUGCGCAAUCUGCCUUGAUAUUAUCGAAGACGACGACGAUAUCCGUGGCCUGAGCUGCGGCCAUGCAUUUCAUGCAUCCUGUGUGGAUCCUUGGCUGACUAGUCGUCGCGCAUGUUGCCCACUCUGCAAAAAAGAUUAUUAUGUUCCCAAACCGCAACCUGAAGGCGCAGAAGGGACCACCCAAAAUAUUUCUACCAACCGCAGCAGACGUGAUGGUAAUCGAAAUAAUGAUAUUACAGAACCGGAACGUGCCUUUAUCGGUGACCGUGGAAAUCCAUUCGUAUCUCGCCUUGCGCUCCCAGGACGGUUCAUCAGUGUAGUUCCUGCAGAUGAACGGGUUUCCAAUUUCCCUAGGGCUACGUCUGAGCCAAGGCCACGACGCCAACGACCCCCAGCGCAACCCAAUCCUCCGGAUAGCACGACGAACUCUGGUUCACCUACAUCGUGGAGAUCGCGGCUAAAUUCCUUCCGCUUUCCGUCACCAUCGCUUCCCAAUAUUCGGUUGCCAGGUAGGAGCCGGAGCGCAGAUGAACCGCCUUCAAAUGCAUCUAUGCAACCAACGCCACGACAGCUUGAGGCAGGACCUGCCUAG